UUUCCAUACAGGAAGCCGCAGCGUGUAAGCCUAUUGGUUGUUAUUAUGCCGGGCGAGGUUAUUUGCAGGGAAGUCUAGAGCAGUUUAUUAAAAUAUGAUUGCUUUUGUUGUUAAAGGCUGAUGUAGUGAACAUUUAGAAAAAAAAGUUAUCUGACUUUGGGAAGAUGAGUUCCUUUCAGGGUCGUAUGCGGGAAUACCCCACCAUCUCCAUUGACAGAUUUGAUAAGGACAACCUGACAGCAAGGGCUUAUUUUUUGUCCCAUUGUCACAAAGAUCACAUGAAAGGACUGAAAGGGCCCAUUUUGAAAAGAAGACUAGAAUGCUGCUUGAAGGUUCAUCUGUACUGUUCCCCUGUCACAAAGGAGUUGCUGCUAACCAAUCCGAAGUACAAAUUUUGGGAAAGUCGCAUUGUUGCCAUUGAAGUAGAAACACCAACUCAGAUUUCUUUAGUAGAUGAAGCAUCUGGUGAGAAAGAAGAUCUUGUUGUGACACUUCUACCAGCUGGACAUUGUCCUGGAUCUGUCAUGUUUCUUUUUGAAGGCAAUAAUGGCACUGUGCUUUACACUGGAGACUUUAGACUGGCCAUGGGGGAGGUAGCCCGAAUGGAGUUGUUGCAUUCAGGAAACAGAGUUAAAGACCUUCAGAAUGUCUAUUUAGACACAACUUUCUUUGACCCAAAGUAUUAUCAGAUACCAAGCAGGGAACAGUGUUUACAAGGGAUUACAGAGCUGGUACAAAGCUGGAUCUCCAACAGCCCAUACCAUGUUGUGUGGCUUAACUGUAAGGCAGCCUAUGGGUACGAGUAUUUGUUCACAAACCUUAGUGACGAGUUUGGGAUCAAGGUACACGUCAAUAAACUUGAUAUGUUUAAAAAGAUGCCCGAAAUCAUUUACCACGUGACUACGGAUCGCAACACUCAAGUUCAUGCAUGCAGGCAUCCAAGGGAUGAAGAGUUCUUACAAGGAAACAGGUUGCCUUGUGGGGUUACAGCCAAAAAUGGAACACCACUGCGCAUCAUCAGCAUAAAACCUUCUACUAUGUGGUUUGGGGAAAGAACAAAGAAAACAAAUGUAAUUGUCAGAACUGGGGAGAGCUCCUACAGAGCGUGUUUUUCUUUUCACUCUUCUUACAGUGAGAUAAAGGAUUUUCUCACUCAUCUACAACCUGUAAAUGCAUACCCUAAUGUAGUACCCUUGGGCAAAGAUAUUGAAGCUGUCAAGAAAGCAAGUGGAUUGUGCUGAAGACCUUUUUGAUGAGAUAAUGCCCAAAUCAUAUCGACACAAACUAGCUCAUCACCAGGAUCUGGAUCCUGUGAAAUAUAGCAUCCCCACUAGGUUUGUUGAUGAACUAAAAAAUAAUAGAACAAUCAGUGCUACAGAUAGCAGUUACUUUUAUUCAGGGCAGGCAUCUGCCAGCAAUUUUGUAGAUUGUGAGGAAUCCAAUGACGAUGAAUAUGACGAUGAUGAUGAAGAAAACAAAACCUCUAAAGAAUUAGUUAAGGAUCCUAUCCAUACCACAGAAUUUAAUAAUUGUCUAUCUUCUGAGCUUAAAUUUACAUUUGAAAAGUGUGAUCCACCGAAAUGUAGUCAGACAAGUUCUAGCCCAGUUAAAGUACAUCCUAAUGGAGAAGCUGUAGCAGAUGUGCCAAAAUGGGACAUGUUCUUCAAACAUGAGCUUGUAUCAGAAGAUGAGCAUUCUGAAACAGAAGACACUUGUGCUAAUUCCAAAGGUAUUGGUGGUUCCCUGUCUCCUAAUCUGUUCAGUGAUUCUGAUGGUGAUUCAACUUGUAUUUCUUCUCAGACAUCAUCUCAAUCAACACACAUUUCAGAAAUGGGAAGCCAAGAUCAUGACAGUCAGAAAGACACUGUGUUAAUUUCAUCUGAAGAAAGAAGACAGGAUUGCUCAAAAAUUGUCAACAGAGACGCAUGCUUUUUAGGAAGUAUAGCUGCACCUUAUUUUGGACAUAACCAGAAAGAAGAUAGCUUGGAAGUUUUAAUGCAGAAUAAACAACAUUCAGAGAUUGAUGACAGAUUGGCUGCAAAGGAACCGGAUCGUGUAGUGGCAGUCUGCAAUUCUUCCCCAGGUAAUUUGUCAAAGGGUAACUUAGAAUGUAGUGAAAAAUGUGCAGUGAGAGCAGAGGAGCACAGACCAGUAACUGUAACUACUAAUACGAAAUCAGAUUCUCAGACUUCCUCUGACUUCGAAAUCCCAUCAACUCCCGAUUCUGAACUGCCCGAAUCGGAAAAGCUGGGUGAGCUGUAUAGAAAACUAGCUGCAGGAGAACCUAUUAAAACUGAGAAAAGUAACUGGUCACUUCUCUUGUAAAUGCAGACUUUUUAUGAUUUUUUUCACCUUGGAUCAUUCAUUUUCUUGAUCUGGAUUGUAAGUAUUGUAUAUAUCUUGGACAACCACUCUGUGGACUGAUUGAAAAAAAUAACAUGCCGAUUUGGUAUAUUUAUAUAUUUUUUUCUUAUUUUGAAUCAAGUAUUCAUGCAGUAUCGUAUAAAAUCAGUUUUGCAACAUGCAGUCAA